UGCGCAGCCUCUACUGCGCAUGUUGCAUGACAGGUGCCGAGCCUCCAUCUUGGGCUUCUGGAAGCGAGGAAAAUACAUCCACAAAAAUAACAACAACAAAAACAACCACAACAGCAACCAGCCUCGCAGCCAUGAUGUCGCUUUGCCGCGAUGUGACUCUGCUCUGAAGAGACAAAGGAGGAAGCUUCGACGCGGCGAGGAGGAAGGAAGGAAAGAAGGAGGGAGGAGGAUGGAAAGGUCCGGAAGGCGCCGUUAACGACGAUUAGCACUGCUAGCUUUCACCGGGGGAGUUUCUAGAACGUCUGACAGGUUCCACUCGCUCCAGGAUGGGCGUCAAGAAGCUCGUUGUCCUCCUGCUGGUCCUCGGCGUCUGCCUCCAGGGGGCAUCUGCCAAAGAAAAGGGAACCAAGAAGGGGAAAAAGAAAGGGAAGCAGGUUUAUUGCCCAUCGCAGCUGUCAUCCGAGGAUCUGGCCCGAGUCCCUGCCAAUUCCACCAGUAACAUCUUGAACAGGUUACUGAUCAGCUAUGAUCCCAGAAUACGACCCAACUUCAAAGGAAUACCAGUGGAAGACAGAGUGAACAUUUUCAUCAACAGCUUUGGCUCCAUCCAGGAGACGACCAUGGACUACAGAGUCAACAUCUUCCUGCGACAGCGCUGGAACGACCCCAGGCUCAAGCUGCCACAGGACUUCAAGUCCGACUCGCUCACCGUCGACCCCAAGAUGUUCAAGUGUCUCUGGAAGCCCGACCUGUUCUUCGCCAACGAAAAAAGCGCCAACUUCCACGACGUCACGCAGGAGAACAUCCUCCUCUUCAUCUUCCGGAACGGCGACGUGCUCAUCAGUAUGAGGUUGUCCGUCACCCUCUCUUGUCCCCUGGACCUGACGUUGUUCCCCAUGGACACCCAGAGGUGCAAAAUGCAACUUGAAAGCUUCGGCUACACCACAGACGACCUGCAGUUCAUGUGGCAGACGGGGGAUCCCGUACAGAUGGACGCCAUCGCUCUGCCCCAGUUUGACAUCAGACAAGAAGACAUCGAUUACGGCAACUGCACCAAAUUCUACGCAGGAACAGGCUACUACACUUGCGUGGAGGUUAUCUUCACCCUGAGGCGACAGGUCGGCUUCUACAUGAUGGGCGUCUACGCACCCACGCUCCUCAUCGUCGUCCUCUCCUGGCUGUCCUUCUGGAUCAACCCUGACGCCAGCGCUGCCAGAGUCCCAUUGGGCAUCCUGUCCGUGCUCUCGCUGUCCUCUGAGUGCACCUCGCUGGCAUCGGAGCUGCCCAAGGUCUCCUACGUGAAGGCCAUUGACAUCUGGCUCAUCGCCUGCCUGCUGUUUGGCUUCGCCUCGCUAGUGGAGUACGCCGUGGUCCAAGUGAUGCUCAACAGCCCCAAGCGCAUCGAGGCAGAGAAGGCCAAGAUAGCAUCCAAGGAGAAGGCCAUGGGAAAGAGUGCCGCUGCUGCUGCUGCCGCCACCACCGCCACCGCCACCGCCAGAAACAACACAGUCAAUGGGACCGGAGGGACGCCACUCCAUGUCAGCACCUUGCAUGUGGCCGAGACGCGCUGCAAGAAGGUGUGCACCUCCAAGUCGGACCUGCGCACCAACGACUUCAGCAUCGUGGGCUCGCUCCCGCGGGACUUUGAGCUGUCGAACUUUGACUGCUACGGGAAGCCCAUCGAGACGAGUGGCGGACCGGGAAAGUCACAAGCCAAGAACAACAAGAAGCCCCCUCCCCCGAAACCAGUCAUCCCCUCGGCCGCCAAGAGGGUCGACCUGUAUGCGCGAGCCCUCUUCCCCUUCUCCUUCCUCUUCUUCAACGUCAUCUACUGGUCCAUUUACUUGUGAUCGUCUUUAUUCUCUCACUCCCACUCCCUCCAACACCACCACCAGCCCCAAAAAUCGGUGCUUCCUUGAACUAAUCUCCAGCGUGUUAAUCUUUCCCGUACAAAAUGACUGCUGAGAUGAAGCUAAACCUAUUACAUGAAUAUAUAUCUUUACAUAUCUAAAUGUUAAUUAUCAUCAUUUGUGCGUUAGAUGACCAGUCAGCCUUUCUUUCCCGCCAAUGAAUAUAAUGAAUUCUAUAUUGACUGCACCUGAGACGAUGGACGGCGUGUAAGCAAAUCAGGAAAGACAGACUAUUUAUUUAAUAGCUUUGCGAGAUGCACAGAUCUAUAAAAGAGCAUAUGUAAAUAGCUAUUUAUGAUCAGAUUAUUUAUUUGCCCACCUGUUUAAUGAGUUGCAAAAGUUGAACUGGAAGUUGGCUUUACUUUGCAUGUUUUAACGAGAGAACGCAUGCAUGUGAAGAUAUAGAAGUAGACAUUAUAAACAUUGAUUUGGGUUCUUCCCCAAUGAUUUGCUAUUGAGAUGCUCGGCGACUCCCGGCGGUCAUGUGACAAGGCCACGCCCCCCUCUCCCUUUCACAGCUGCGAUGGCCGACACCCCUGUAAAAACGGGUCGUGAGCGCCUUUGUGAGAUUUGCAAGCCAAGAUCAAUAAAAGACGACUUUUCACCAUGUGAGCCAAACUGACACAGAAUCGUUGCAGUCAUGUGACCAUCAACUGGCCCCCAAGCGAGGGGCGGGACUCAGAAUAUAGAAAAGACAAAAAAAAAAGCUUGAAACUAGAAAGGCCCUCUCUAAACAGGUAUGCGCAUACAACAGUCCUAUUGUGACCAUCCAAGGCGACACACCCACCAGGGAUAUUAAAAGGUAAACUCUGCGCUUAAAAUUUUGUGGGUUUUUUUGGAUUAAAUGUGAAACCUCACCAAACAAGAAGAGUCCAGUUGCCUCGGUUCAACCUUUGAGGAUUACCACGACCUGAAUGACUGAGAAUCUACACCGGCACAAAAGAAGCGCGGUCAUCUCCACAAGCGUAUUUUCUAUCCCGGAGAGUCUUGACCGCUCCUAAUGUGCCAAACUGCUCAUUUAUCAUUCAUACUCGGAAGACGACCCCCAACUAUCACUGCACGACAACUCCUAUGAAAUGUUUAUUCAGCUUAAUGAAGCUAGAUGGAUGCUGACCUGAUGUCACGGCGACGGGGUCACAGCAAUCAAGAUGCGGGCGUUGACGAGAGCCGACGGUCUUUGUCGGCGACGUUUGCUGCUAUCUCCUGAUCGGAAUUGAGACGAGACGUGGCGCUUGAUUGCAGAGAAUCUAUUUUAAUCAUUCACAAAUCAGAAUGUGGAGAUAGCUGGAUGCAGCUGUGGAAUACUAACGUUUGAUUCGCUUCUCUGGACGUCUGGAGACAAAACUAUAAAUUGCGUUCGUCUUAGAAAUUGCGUAAGACAAUGACAAAUGAAAAUAGUGUGAAAGAAAAAAGGAAGCGACUUUAGACUGAAUAAACAGCGCCUCUGCUGGUCGCAGCCAAGGUAGUGCACUCAAUUUUACAUCAAAUCCACACAAUUGGUGCAAUUUUAAAUCCAACUUUUAUGCGUGAUACAUAUUCACUCCUAAUGCCAGAUCUUCUCGAAGGCUAACACAAUAUGCUAACCUCCUACAUUUACAGUUUGAAUACAUUUGCAUCACAUUCUUGCAUUCUUGUAUGGCUGUUGUUUAAUUGUGUUAUUUUACAAUAAAUUUGGGCCAAAUUCUGAUGUCUGCA